AACGAGUCCUCGCUGCGAGUUGGACUGUCGUGAGCUUAUCCACCAGUAGUCGUUCAGCCCACACCACGAGCACUUCAACACCACUACGUACCCACUCCCACUCCCACUACUUACCACACCACAAAAGACGUCAUCAUGGUCGAUCGUGCGAACCGCCCCUCUGCGCUCAAUGCCCCUGCGGCCUCUGAGCCUGGCCCCCAGGUCGACAUUGUUGGAGAGGGCGGCAGCCAGAAGGUGGUUGCGAGGCUGCCGUCGGGCGAGAGCAUCGAGGUGCUGCUCUAUGGCGCGACCGUCACGAGCUGGAAGAGCAAUGGCGGGCAGACAGAGAACCUGUGGCUGAGCGACGCCGCCGACGUGACGGGCAAAAAGGCAGUGAGGGGCGGUAUUCCCGUCGUGUUCCCGGUAUUCGGCCCGCCGCCCAAGGAAGGCCACCCCACGUCGACGCUGCCCCAGCACGGUUUCGCCCGCGUGUCGCGGUGGGAGUUCAUGGGCAAGUCGACGGCCGAGGAUGCGCUCGACUCCAACUCGGUCAAGCUCGACUUUGGCCUGGACCGCCAGGCGCUCAGCGACGAGUCGCGCAAGGCGUGGCCGCUCGACUUUGGCCUCGUGUACAGCGUCACACUGAGCAAGGACAGCCUGCAGGCGGUGCUGACGGUGCGCAACGAGGGCGAGGAGAGCUUCGAGUUCCAGUUCCUGCUGCACACGUACUUCAAGAUCCAGGACGUGACCAAGAUUGCCAUUACGGGGCUGUCGGGCACCGAGUACAUUGACAAGGUGCUCAACGCGUCGACGCACACGCAGAGCGACAACCAGCUCAAGAUUACGGGCGAGACGGACCGCGUGUACAAGGACAUCAAGCAGGACACGACAUCAAUUGUUGAGGACGGCAAGCCCCGCUUCGACGUGAUCCGCGACAACGUCAAGGACACGGUCACGUGGAACCCGUGGAUCGAAAAGGCAAAGGCCAUGGCCGACUUUGCGCCCGACGACGGCUACAAGCACAUGGUGUGCGUCGAGGUGGGCGCGGUCGACGGGUGGCAGAAGCUGGAGAAGGGCGAGGUGUGGGAGGGCGGCAUGCUGGUCAAGAGCCAUCUGUAGAGGCGUCGUGGGUUGGCCUGGGCCAGGCCUGGGUCAGGGUGCCUACGUGUGUAUGUACGUAGAUAAGUAGAGGGCGGUCAAGCUACCUCUAUUGGUCGUCCAACAAGACUGCAGCUGUGCAGUGAAGAAGAACAAAACAACAACGACAGCAACAGCAACAGCAACAGCAACAACAACAAGACGGCCAAAUAUCCCAAGCA